CCCGGCGGCUGGGCCGUGGAGCCCCGGGCAGGGUCGCGCCCGCCAUGGGCCCAGCCAGCUCCAGCGCUCGGCCCGGCCCGAGCUCGCCGGCAGCUGCAGCCGCCCCGCCUCCAGGCCCGGGAAACCGGGCGCCAUGGUACAGCAAAACUCAUGCUGCAGAAAAGUCACCUGCUCUCUCCAAAGAAUGCCAGCUUCCCAUUGGUGACCAGAAUGUGAAGUGCCUCAAAGCCCUUGAUGAUCAUCUCUCUGUUUAUAUGAAGUGGUAUGCAACCUCAUGGAGCAGACACCCAGGCUCCAAAGCGCCUUAACGUUUAUUCCCCCUUCACUAGAAAACUACGCACCUGAUGUUUCAGGACAACCAUUAAUAAUCCCUGCUCUUGAGGGAGCCUCGCUAUCAAAGCGUCUGCUUGUGACCAUCAUUCUUGCUGAACAAACAGGGAUCCCCUUAUUUUUCUCAUUUUGAGCCCACCUAUGGCCUUUCUCCUGUGAGCAGUGCUGGAGGGCAGCAGAGUUGUGAUAACCAAUUGAAGCUGGCCGGAGGCUAUUGGUGUGGGGCAGACAUGGACAUUUAACGGACAGCUGCUUCAGCCUCGCAUCUCUUCCAGACUGCGCCGGCCGGAGGAGUGGGGUGGAUCGCUAAUUACCCCGGAACCGGCCGGCUAGCGAGCCUAGCCAGGUUGGGAGCGGAAAGGAAACAGCGGCCCGAAAAAGUUACCCGGAAAGUUUGCAGGGAGCCCAGAGCCUGAGGACCGCGUCUGCGCCUCUCCCAAAUCCGGCCCGAUGUUAAUCUCCCUCCCUCCGAAAGUGGGAUAUUUACUACAGCGAGCGAGCGAGAUGCAAGGCCGAGUCCAGCCCUGGGAUUUGUCUGUUUGAAAUUUGCCGUCUGGAGUGUGGGAGCCGCCGGCGCUGGGGGGGUGUGGAUCGGCCGGAGAACGUGUCCCCCCAGGGCGGAGAUCAAGGACCAUCCGGCCCGGCCGAGGGACCCCUCCCCCAUGUCACAGGCAGUUCAAAUAUUGGGCUUGGUGACCCAUCCUCAAGGUGAUCCCUAAAGUUGAGUCCCCUGUGCCUGUCAACAGAUGCACAUGAUGAUUAGGCAACAUUCAUGACAUCAACCGGGAAAAAUCCACUGAGCCGCAGUUCUCUGAUGUCAGGAACCAGCAGUGAGACACAGGCACAAAGGUGAGUCCAUUGACCAGACAAGGGCACUGAGGGGACGGACAGACAGAUGCACGGAGAGGCAGAUGGAGAAGAAGCCCUGUGCCAACUUGGAGAUGGGCAGCAAAAAGAAAACAAGGAGAGGUACUGUAGAAAGUGAGAGAAAAGCCUGUCUCUAAACCCCCUUCCAAGUACCUACCCAGCCCUGAGUGACUUCAGCGGAAGCCCGUCAAGAUGCCAGAAGGGCCAAUGACAUAGGAUCGCUCCCCAUAAGCCUGUGGUGGUGGCUCCCUGUGGGUGGUCACUGGGCAACUUGGACAACGAGGUUCUCCUUUUCCUUGGGACACUUCCCACUGGAUCCAAACCAUGAGGAGAAGGGAGAGAAAAGCAAAGGUGCCCAAGGAACAUUAACCCAAGGCUUCCCUGCUCUCCGACCCAGCACCCCUCCCCACUUCCAGCAGAUAAGGGAACUCCUUCUCCACGUUGCCCUUCCAGAUGGCAGGUCGUCAGUGGGCAGUGACGUCAGCGCUGUGUGUGUGCGUGGCGGCCGUCUCUCUGCUGCACACAGGCGGGGUGCGGGCAGACUGCUGGCUGAUCGAGGGCGACAAGGGCUUCGUUUGGCUGGCUAUCUGCAGCCAGAACCAGCCCCCCUAUGAGUCCAUCCCUCAGCAAAUCAACAGCACGAUUGUGGAUUUGCGACUGAACGACAACAAGAUCAAAAGCGUGCAGUACUCCUCACUCAGCCGCUUCGGUAACCUGACAUACCUCAACUUGACGAAGAACGAAAUCUCCUAUAUCGAGGAUGGUGCCUUCUCAGGACAGUUUAACCUCCAGGUGCUGCAGCUUGGCUACAACCGCCUGAGGAACCUGACCGAGGGAAUCCUCCGGGGCCUAGGAAAGCUGGAGUACCUCUACCUCCAGGCUAACCUCAUUGAGGCAGUCACCCCCAAUGCCUUCUGGGAGUGCCCCAACAUAGUGAACAUUGACCUGUCCAUGAACAGGAUCCAGAGACUGGACAGCAACACCUUUAGGGGCCUGAACAAACUCUCUGUCUGUGAACUCUACAGCAACCCCUUCUAUUGCUCCUGUGAACUCCUAGGCUUCCUGCAAUGGCUGGAAGGCUUCACCAACAUGACACGCACCUAUGACCGCAUGCAGUGCGACUCCCCGCCAGACUACACUGGCUACUUCUUGCUAGGCCAAGGCCGGACCGGUUACCGCAAUGCUCUGGGCAUGCUCUCCACCCUCUGCACUGGCAGCUCCUACACCAUGAUACCUCGCUUUAUCCCACCCAGGUACCAAGUGACCACAGCUCCAUCAGAAAGCCCAUGCUCUGAGGAAGAAUGUUUCUCUGGGGAUGGCACGACACCCCAGGUCUCCCUCCACACGCCCGUGGGUGAGACGGAGAUGCGCCCCAACAUCCGAGUGAAGCAUCUCACCCACAACUCGGCCACGCUGACGGUGCAGAUCCCGUACCCGUUCAGCAAGAUGUACAUCCUGGCGCAGUACGAGAACGGCUUCUCUUCCGUCGUCACCAAGCUGAAGAAACAGAAGGAGGACAUUGAGCUGACUAACCUUGUAGCACAAAAAGACUACACCUACUGUGUGGUCUCCCUCCACCACGUCUUAAGGUACAACCACACUUGCCUCACCCUCUCCCCAAACAAAAUGAGCAGAGAGGACCCAGUGCCCACUCCCUCCACUGCCACCCACUAUAUCAUGACGAUCCUGGGCUGCCUGUUCGGCAUGGUAAUUGUCCUGGGGGUGGUGUACUAUUGCCUCCGUAAGAGGCGUCAGCAAGAGGAGAAGCACAAGAAGGCAGCUGGCAGCAUGAAGAAGACCAUCAUCGAGCUAAAGUAUGGGCCAGAGAUGGAGACAACCAGUAUCACUCAGCUGUCCCAGGGGCAGAUGCUGGGUGGGGAGACCGUGACCCGCAUCCCCUACUUGCCCUCCGCUGGGGAAGUCGAGCAGUACAAGUUGAUAGACAGCAGCGAGACCCCCAAGGCCACCAAGGGCAAUUACAUGGAAGUGCGGACAGGGGAGCAGCCCGAAAGACGAGAGUGUGAGCUCUCCAUGCCGCCUGACAGCCAGAGCUCCGUGGCUGAGAUCUCCACCAUCACAAAGGAGGUGGACAAGGUGAACCAGAUCAUCAACAACUGCAUUGAUGCCUUGAAAUCAGAGUCCACCUCCUUCCAGGGGGUGAAAUCAGGGGCGAUUUCCACUGCUGAGCCUCAGCUGGUACUCUUAUCGGAACAGAUCUCUGGCAAACAUGGCUUCCUGUCCCCCGUGUACAAGGAAAGUUACAGCCACCCGCUGCAGAGACAUCACAGCAUGGAGGCAGCUCCCAAACGCUCCAGCACUUCCUCCAGCGGCUCCAUACGGAGCCCCAGAUCCUUCCGCUCUGAGGGCUCCGGCCACAAGUCAGAAGCCAAGUACAUUGAGAAGACAUCCCCAACCGCCGACACCAUCCUCACUGUGACACCGGCAGCGGCCAUUCUGCGAGCAGAGGCAGAGAAGAUCCGACAGUACAGCGAACAUCGGCACUCUUACCCGGGCUCACACCAGGGGGAGCAGCAUGACAGCAUGGGUGGGCGUAAGCCCUCCAUUCUGGAACCUUUGACCAGACCCCGCCCCAGAGACCUGGCCUACUCUCAGCUCUCUCCCCAGUAUCACAACCUGAGCUACAGCUCCAGCCCAGAGUACACAUGCAAACCCUCACACAGCAUCUGGGAGCGCUUCAAACUCAACCGGAAGCGGCACAAAGACGAGGAGGAAUAUAUGGCCGCUGGCCACGCCCUGCGCAAAAAGGUCCAGUUUGCCAAAGACGAGGAUCUUCACGACAUCCUAGACUACUGGAAAGGUGUGUCUGCCCAGCACAAGUCCUGAGUCCUCACGCAGCUCGUGACUUAACACUAACUGGACCAAAAGAAACCCGCAGCAGCUAUUUUUAUCCAGACUGUCUUUCAAACAAACCAACCAACCAUAAAUUAUGAGAAAAAUCUAUAAUUAGUCUAUAUAAUAUAUGAGAGAGCAAGAGAUUGCAAAAGAUCUCAUGUUUAUGAACACAAAGACUCUUAAAAAAACAAACCUGUGGAGUGAAAAAAAAGUUUUUGUUUUUUUUUUAAAAAAAAAAAGAAAAAAUAUAAAAAGGGGUGGAGGUUGGGCAGCGAUUUGAGGUCUGGAGUAUUCCAAUGUUGCAUCGCAUGAUUCCCUAUUCCGUGAUUUUGUGGAUUCUUUGUGUACAGUUUGUCUUCUUCUUUCUCCUUCCCUUCCAAACAAAACAAAAAAACCAAAAAGAGACCAGAAGGAGAAAGUUCCUUUGGGCUUUUUGCAAAUGGAGUCUUCCAGCUUAGACUUUCAUCCAGUCGAAGGCUCAUUCAUGUGUUUAUUCACUGGGAGGUUUUACCACAUGUUGCAUUGUAAACCGAAGUUGUCCUACUGUACAGAGAAAAUUUCUAUAUUUGCAAUGUUUGCUGUAUAACAAGAAAGAGAGAGAAAAAAUAAGAUUACAUCUACUAAAUAUAUAUAUAUAUAUUCACCUGUUUGUACCAGGUUUUAAUCAUGGAUUUUAGACAAAGAGGGUGGAUUGGAUUUGGAGGGUGUUUUUGUUUGUUUGUUCGGGGGGGAUUUUGAUGCUGGUGUGGGAUUUUGGAGGGUGGGAAUUGGUUUUUUUGUUUGUUUUGGUUUUUUUUCCUCCAGUGAAUGUCUGUGUCUCGAGUUCUGAUUGGUUCCAAGUGCACUCCGAAAAAAGGCACAUUCUAAUAGAAAACCAGCGUCCCUCUCGUUAUUCCAUUCAAGGGAUGGGAGCCUGCCUCCUCUGGGAGCUGGAAAGGGGACCGGAGUGGAGGGUGCAACUGACCAGUCACCAUUUGAUUGCCAAAUAAACACACCAGUCUCUCUCUCUCUAGCUGGAUGUAUUUAGAAAGCAGUGGAAAUUCUGAAUAUAAAAGGGAACCUAUCUCUGUGGGAAGGGGCAACGGUAGCCAAAAGGUUCGGGUAAGGCUAAGUCAUUGGUACUAGAGUAUAGCUUGGUUUUUUUUUUAAGCCAGAAGGAACUAUGACACCAUCUACUCUGACCUCCUGCAUAAUACACAGGCCAGAGGAUCUCACCCAGUGACUCCCGCAUCCAACCCAUAGCUUGAUGGACCCAGAGCAUGUUUUAGCACAGCCAGCUACUGGCCCAUCCCAGAGAUAUGGGCCCUGUCCCCUGCUACUGGCUCUCCUGCAGCCUGCGAGUUGUGGUGGAAUGAUCCUGCCCUGGGUGAUGGUGAAACACGCCUCCUGCAUGUCGACAGCAUAGGAGAAGGCAGCGGCAGGAAUGACUUAUCUGCUAUUCCCCA